AUGAUCGAAGAAUUUCCACAUGUUUUACUUUAUUAUAAUUUUGCACAUAAAAAAGAUCGUUAUUUUUUAUCACCAUAUGAAGUUGAUAUAUCAAGACAUGGUUCACAAAGAGCUGUAUGUGAUGUUAUACAUUCAUCUGAUUUUCUAUGUGGUUUACUUGAUAUUGAUCGACCAACAAUAAUGAAACAAAUUUCAUUAAAUUCACCAAAUAUAACAUCAACUAGUUUAAUAACAACAGCAACAGAUAAUAGUUCAACAUCCAAUAAUGAAGAAACAUGUAGUCGACGUACAUUAUCUUGUUCAGCAACAUCAACCGAUACAAAUUCGAAUGAUCCACUUUUAACAAUGAUUGAACAACGAUUAGAUUUUAAACAUCGUUGUAUGUUUUAUUCAACUGGUCCGACAUCGGAUUUGUGUAUUUGUGCUCUCGAUGUUGAUUGUCAUUCAUCAGUUGUAUGUAAUGCUAUUGGUUAUUCAAAUCUACUUACAUAUGAUGAAUUACUAACACAAAAUGCAAACAAUGAAGAGGAUAAUAAUAAUAAUAAUAAUAAUAUUCAACGAACACCAACAAAACAUGCUCAUAAAAUGCGUCAUCAACAUCGACAAUAUGUUAAUCAAUGGAUAUGUAUACGAGAUAUUAUUGAUGGUUUAAUAACAUGUAAUCAUACACUUAAAAAUAAAAUUAUCGUGGAAAUUCUUUCGAAAAUGAUUCUUUGGGUUAAACAACGAAAUGAAUCGAAAAUACUUGAAUCAAAAUUAAACAAAUCUGAAUCAUCAAUAAUGACAAUAACAAAUAUUAAAUUAUUUAAAGCACGAGCGCGACAACUUGUUUGGGAUUUAAUGGAAAUGAAGAAUGAAGUUCGUUUUCCUCGUCCAGUUCAUGGUCGUAUACCAAAUUUUCGUUAUUGUGAAAUAGCUUCUGAAAAUGUAAUUAGUUUAGAAUGCUUUAAGCGAGCACGUGUCAUCAAAAUUAAUCCAUCACUUGCUCAAGAAUCUCUUCGCUAUUUAACAUUAUCUUAUAAUAAAGUACUUUUAACACCAACACCUUCACUUGAUUCGGCAUUAUUUUAUAAAUUAGAACCAAAAUUUUUACAUCGUAGUCAAUUAGAUUGGGCAGCAACAAAAACUGGUGCUGCUGAAUUAGGUACUGUUAUACAAUUACAAGCAUUAAAACAAAUUCAUGUUGAUUUAAUUAUUGUUGCAUCAGUUGUUGUUAAUCCAAUAACUGGUGCACGUAUUGGUAAAGGUAAAGGUUAUGGUGAUUUAGAAUAUGCAAUUAUGUCACAAAUGGGUUGUGUAUCAAAUAAAACAAUUAUUAUGACAACAUGUCAUGAAAGUCAAUUAAUUAAUGAUAUACCAAAUCAUAUUAUGGAACAACAUGAUUUACCAGUAGAUAUUAUAGUAACCCCGAAACGAUAUAUUUAUACAAAACGUUUAUUUCAACGACCAACACGUGUCUAUUGGAAUAAACUUGAUCCAGAUAUGAUGAUAAGUAUUCCGGUUUUACAAGAAUUAAAACGAUUAGAACAGCAAAAUAUUAUUAAAUCUCAAUAA